CGAAUGUGCCAGCAGUGCUUGUGUAUUGAAAUCCUCAGUUAUUACACUGAUUCGUAGAUGUGAACAGGUCUAGAGUUCCAACCAAAAGUGAAAUCCCACAAACCAGGCCAUAACAAAAAACAUUUAUAGUUUAAUUAUUUUGUUAAAAAUUUUAUAUAUGGCGUGUUAAAGAGUUGAACAUUUUAUAAAAAUAACUAAACAUUUAACCCUGUUGUGCAACUCACCAUGCACGUUCAGCAUAUAGUCCAUUCUUGUACACCAAAAUUACUGCUCACAAUACGUCUCCUGUCGACCCAAAAUUCGCCUCCAUUCCGGGCAUUGCGAUGGCCUACGACUAUUGCACUGGCUCCACAUUGCCAGUGUUCAUCAGCCACUGUGCCCCGUACAACUUUCUGCGCGAAUACCGCCUAGCCUGCGAUGAUAGGAAUAUACCAGCGAUGACGCUGCUGCAAGAAGCCCGCAACGCGUGGCACGCACUCAGUGCCCAGGAGAGGUCCUUGUUCGAGGAAACGCCAUAUCUGAUGUCCCGAUUCGGACAAUCCAGCGACUCGGCGUUACGGCUCACCAUCGAUGUCCUGUCGGCCCUACAAACCACAGUGCACAGAAAGCACUAUGACGAUGAUCGGUCCAGGAAUCGUAGAAUCCAUCGUGGCAAUGCCAAGUCGCACAGCAAGAAGCGGCAGCAGAAGAUGGGUGCAGUUGGCAGGAAGCGAAGUCCAGGGAUUGGAAGUAGUACCAGGUGUAGGGCAAGCACCUAUACUCCCCAAUUUCAUUGCGAAAGAACCGCCUCUGUUUAACCAAGAUAAACCCAUUUCACCACUGACUUGCCAGGAAUGGAAAAUAUAGGUACACUUCAA